CUCCUUGGCCUCCAAAAUUGCUGGGAUUGCAGGUGUGAGCCACCAUGCUUGGCCUGAAGAGUUUUUGAAAGCUGGAUUUAAUAGUUGAUUUUCUAAUUCCACAUGUUGAGGAGGGCUUCCUGAAGAAAGCCUGCACUGAGUCCGGUCUGGAAGAAGACUUUUGAAGUUGACUUGGAAGAUAAUUUGGAAGAAGGGCAUUCCAGAGGGCCCAUCAUAAAAUUGCUUCUAUUUGAUUUUGAAGUGUACAGUAUUUCAUAUCUGGUAUUAAAUGUGGAAGUCUGAAAUUCUGGAAGUUAAAAGCCGUUUCAGAAGAAUAUUGAGAUGACAUCACCCAUGAAGACCUGUCAUUAGGAAGAGCACAGGGAAAAUGCCCUGAUCAAUGCUUUCACUUUUUGCUUUGGAAGAAACCACCACCUCUGGGAGUCAGGUCUCCAGUCUCACUACCUCCCCUGUUUCCCUGGAGCUUGCCUCUCCAGGGCUUUUCUAGAGGCUUGGGUUAACCAGUAAAUCGAGGGUUUCGGAGAUCUUCUCUAAGUUCCUGUUUAAGGUAUGGUAGAAGAUAAUACCAGCCACUAGUUGAAAGUAACGUGUGUCGUUCACUUUAUGUAGAAAGAAGCAAGCCCCUGCCCUCACGGAGCUCACAUGCUAGGGGGGCAGAACCACGGCAACUUAAACUCAUUUGCAGAGGUAUCCUAUUAUUGAGUCAUACAGAAGGUGGUGUAGGAAGGAGAGGGGUGUGGCACUAAAGGAGGCUGACCCUGCGCAUGUGAGAAUUAAGCGGAGUGAGACCUGAAAGGAUCAGGAGGGAAAAAUCUGGGAAGAAGGGGAUGCUCAGAGAGACCCUCUGGAAGGAGUGGACAGAGAGUUAGGCCCAUACUCCUGGACGGAAGAAUCCCCCCUCUCUCCUAGGCGACCUCUCCCAGCCGGAGAGUCCGAGGCGGAAUUCCAAGGGCUGUGUGACCGUGACUAAAUGAAGUAUUAUGAGGGAGGCCGAGGACUUCGUGCUCCGGACAGAGAAACGGCGCCGGGCUUAGGGGUUGCCACUUCCGAGAGGAUGCUGGGAAUCUGCAGAGGGAGACGGAAAUUCCUGGCUGCCUCGCUGAGUCUUCUCUGCAUCCCUGCUAUCACCUGGAUUUACCUGUUCGCCGGGAGCUUCGAAGAUGGGAAGCCGGUGUCCCUGUCUCCGCUGGAGUCCCAGGCGCACAGCCCCAGGUACACGGCCUCCAGCCAGCGGGAGCGCGAGAGCCUGGAGGUGCGGGUGCGAGAGGUGGAGGAGGAGAACCGGGCCCUGCGCAGGCAGCUCAGCCUGGCCCAGGGCCGAGCCCCAGCCCAUCGCCGCGGCAACCACUCCAAGACCUACUCCAUGGAGGAGGGCACUGGGGACAGCGAGAACCUCCGGGCUGGCAUCGUGGCAGGCAACAGCUCCGAGUGUGGGCAGCAGCCGGUCGUGGAGAAGUGCGAGACGAUCCACGUGGCUAUCGUGUGUGCCGGGUACAAUGCCAGCCGCGACGUCGUCACCCUGGUCAAAUCUGUCCUGUUUCACAGGCGGAACCCUCUGCACUUCCACCUCAUCGCCGACUCCAUCGCGGAGCAGAUCCUGGCCACGCUCUUCCAGACCUGGAUGGUGCCCGCCGUGCGCGUGGACUUCUACAACGCGGACGAGCUCAAGUCCGAAGUUUCCUGGAUCCCCAACAAACAUUACUCUGGGAUUUAUGGUCUGAUGAAGCUUGUGCUGACCAAGACUCUUCCUGCCAACCUGGAGAGGGUCAUCGUCCUUGACACGGAUAUCACCUUCGCCACCGACAUUGCGGAGCUGUGGGCCGUGUUCCACAAGUUCAAAGGUCAGCAGGUCCUGGGCUUGGUGGAGAACCAGAGUGACUGGUACCUUGGAAACCUGUGGAAGAAUCACCGCCCGUGGCCGGCCCUCGGAAGGGGCUACAACACAGGGGUGAUCCUGCUGCUUCUGGACAAGCUGCGGAAGAUGAAGUGGGAGCAGAUGUGGAGGCUGACCGCGGAGAGGGAGCUCAUGGGCAUGCUGUCCACGUCCUUGGCCGACCAGGAUAUUUUCAACGCUGUCAUCAAACAAAACCCCUUCCUUGUGUACCAGCUCCCCUGCUUCUGGAACGUGCAGCUGUCGGACCACACCCGCUCCGAGCAGUGCUACAGAGACGUGUCUGAUCUAAAGGUCAUCCACUGGAACUCCCCCAAGAAGCUUCGGGUGAAGAAUAAGCACGUGGAGUUUUUUCGCAACCUGUACCUGACCUUCCUGGAGUACGACGGGAACCUACUGAGGCGGGAGCUGUUCGGCUGCCCCAGCGAGGCCGACGUCAACAGUGAGAACCUCCAGAAGCAGCUGUCAGAGCUGGACGAGGACGACCUGUGCUACGAGUUCCGGCGAGAGCGCUUCACCGUCCACCGCACGCACCUGUACUUCCUGCACUACGAGUACGAGCCUGCCGCAGACAGCACGGACGUCACCCUGGUCGCCCAGCUCUCCAUGGACAGGCUCCAGAUGCUGGAGGCCAUCUGCAAGCACUGGGAGGGGCCCAUCAGCCUGGCCCUCUACCUGUCGGACGCGGAGGCCCAGCAGUUCCUCCGCUACGCACAGGGCUCCGAGGUGCUCAUGAGCCGCCACAACGUGGGCUACCACAUCGUGUACAAGGAGGGCCAGUUCUACCCCGUGAACCUGCUGCGCAACGUGGCCAUGAAGCACAUCAGCACUCCCUACAUGUUCCUGUCCGACAUCGACUUCCUGCCCAUGUACGGGCUCUAUGAGUACCUCAGGAAGUCUGUCAUCCAGCUUGACCUCGCCAACACCAAGAAAGCGAUGAUCGUCCCCGCGUUCGAGACGCUGCGCUACCGGCUCUCUUUCCCCAAGUCGAAAGCGGAGUUGCUGUCGAUGCUGGACAUGGGCACCCUCUUCACGUUCAGGUACCACGUCUGGACGAAAGGUCAUGCACCCACAAACUUCGCCAAGUGGCGGACUGCCACCACGCCUUACCGGGUGGAAUGGGAGGCUGAUUUCGAGCCGUAUGUGGUUGUGAGACGUGACUGCCCCGAGUAUGACCGGAGGUUCGUGGGCUUUGGCUGGAACAAGGUGGCUCAUAUCAUGGAACUGGAUGCGCAGGAAUACGAGUUCACUGUGCUGCCCAACGCCUACAUGAUCCACAUGCCUCACGCCCCCAGCUUCGACAUCACCAAGUUCCGUUCCAACAAGCAAUACCGCAUCUGUCUCAAAACCCUGAAGGAGGAGUUUCAGCAGGACAUGUCCCGCCGCUAUGGCUUCGCUGCCCUGAAAUAUCUCACGGCCGAGAACAACAGCUAGCACCAAGGAGCCCACCCCUAGGGAGAGACACGCUGCCGGGGAAGAGCCACUCGCUGUUUGGGGCCCAGCCUUCAAAUCCGAAAUCGAGCAGUGCUUUGUGGUUUGUUUUUAUUUGUCUCUUUGGCCCAACAAAGCUGCACUCACUACGGAGAUCUUGGACGAGGAUCCAGCCAGCCUCUCUCCACCCCUACCCAGCGUCCCCAAAGGGUGGGAAAACAGCCCACCUCUACAAGCCUCUUCAAGAAAGGGGACAUGGCGAGGGGACCAGAAGUACAGGGGUUAUUCCUUUACCGCAAAGCCACAACACCAAGGCAGGGCUUUAGGGUGUUCCUAUUGCUUUGUAAUAAUUAUGUUUCUCGUCAUAGCUGGGGAGGAAGGGGAGUCAGGGUGCUGGAGGUUGGUCAUCCCAGGAAAUAAAAGCAAAACUGUCUCUUCAUUUAGAGGAAACUUUCUCUCUUGCCCUGCAGUCUAGCUGGGUAUCCAGAGGGGGAGGGCAAAUCAAUGAUCUGAACCAACCAGCUGGAGAAACCCAACGGGGACACUGUAUCUGGUGGGGCCUGGAGGUGGGGUUGAUUGGUUCCUUAUCCCCAAAGUCACUCUUGUUUUCGUUUUGAUUUGUUUUUCUUUGGGGGAUUUUGUUUGUUUGUUUAUUUGUUUUUGGUCUGGCGAUCCAAAAUAGGAAAUCCGAUCCUUUAAGGCUCUAAAGGAAAGUGAGCUGCCUCAACCAGACGUCCCUCUAUCAGCAGUGGCCCAGCAAGGAGGACGAGGGUCUUCAGCCAGUAUCUGAAUGUGGGCGGCUUCCUGCAGGACUGCCACCGGGGCUCCCACAACCGAAUUCCUCCCUGCCCAGGCCCCAGGGCUGCCGUGGGGGCUCUGUAAUUACGAGGGCUGGCUGCUUCACACACGGCGCGUUUUCUAUGGGUGGCGACUGAGUCACGGGAAAGGGCUUCGAAGGGACUGUUUCCGUGCUCGCGGAAAGGUACGAACCUCCCAGGCCUUUGGAAGAACUGUAGUAAUUCGUGCGAGCCCGGUUCUGAAAAUUCACACGUCCGUCUGAAAACCCACAGAAAGAACGUGCGAGGUCCUCUGCGUUCUUGCCUGCUUCACUGUGGAUGAUGGAAGAGUGACAACCUCAGUCUCCCUUUGGGACCUGUCCAAGGGUAGGCAAGCACCUUCACCUCCGCGCAGCUCGAGGAGACACUGGACUUUUUACCCAUUUUCUUUACUCUUCAAUAUUAAUGUUGUGUUUACAUCGAUGAGAACCAGAGUUAAUGCCCUACCCUCUGCUGGGCUGUUUGUAUUGAGUUGCAAUGUGACCAACGAAAGCUGCAUUCAAUAAAUGAAAGUACAGACUGUUUCUUCCC